UUUGCAAAAACGUGUGCGAGUUUCCGUUGUGGUAUCAAAAGAGAACCUCGUGGGUCCUUGGUAUUGGGAAAAUGGUUUAAAAAAUUGAAGCAAAUAAUGAAUUGAUUUGAACAUAAAGUAGUUGUUAUAGAAAGAAGGAAGAGAUAAAGGAGGGAGAAAUAAGAUUAGAUUAGAAGAGUGGGAGUAGCAAUGAAGGUUUCAGCACUUAGCAGUGUAAACGUGGUUCCUCAUCAUGGCGGGCAUCGAUUCCACUGGCAAUCACGUUCCUUCUCGCUGUUCAUUGCAAGAACGACAUCUUCCAAAUCAGUUGCAGUAGCAUGCUCCGCUUCUUCUACUACUUCUUCUUCUUCUUCAGCCAAAGACCUUCGGCGAAUCCUGGAGUCCCCAGGGAUCCACCAAGGCCCUGCUUGCUUCGACGCUCUCAGCGCUAAGCUCGUUGAAAACGCGGGUUUCGAAUUCUGCUUCACCAGUGGCUUCUCAAUUUCUGCUGCCACACUGGCUCUCCCCGACACUGGCUUCUUGUCUUACGGCGAAAUGGUCAACCAAGGUCAACUCAUCACCCACGCCGUCUCAAUUCCCGUCAUUGGCGACGCCGACAACGGUUAUGGCAAUGCCAUGAACGUCAAGAGAACCCUUAAGGGAUAUAUCGCUGCUGGCUUCGCCGGAAUCAUUCUUGAAGAUCAGAUUUCGCCGAAAGCGUGUGGGCACACGCGCGGGAGGAAGGUGGUGUCGAGAGAAGAGGCGGUGAUGAAGAUUAAGGCGGCGGUGGAUGCUAGAAGAGAGAGUGGCUCUGACAUUGUGAUUGUGGCGCGCACCGAUUCUCGGCAAGCUGUGUCGUUAGAGGAAGCACUUUCUAGGUCAAGGGCCUUUGCCGAUGCUGGAGCUGAUGUUCUUUUCAUUGAUGCACUCGCUUCCAAAGAAGAAAUGAGGGCCUUUUGUCAAGUUUCUCCUCUCAUUCCCAAAAUGGCCAAUAUGCUUGAAGGAGGUGGCAAAACACCUAUACUCAAUCCUCUUGAACUUGAAGAGAUUGGUUUCAAAAUCGUUGCGUAUCCACUUUCCUUGAUCGGGGUUUCUAUACGGGCAAUGCAGGAUUCUCUCACUGCCAUUAAAGGAGGCCGUAUUCCUCCUCCAGGAAGCAUGCCAACUUUUGAAGAAAUUAAGGAUAUCUUAGGUUUCAAUGCUUAUUAUGAAGAAGAGAAGCGUUACGCCACAAGUACCAAUCAGCAGCUGUCAAAGGGAGAGAGCAGUAGCCUGUACAGUAUACAACGCAGAGAUCAAGUUGAUACAGAGCAGACAAGCCAAAGUCUCAAAGAUCCUAUUGUUGAAGUUAUAACACCUGAUGAUAUGUACAAUAAAUAUGGUGCAGAUAGUUCAAGGAACCCGUUUUCUGGUAUCUGGUCCCGGACUUUGAGAGUAAAAAUAACUGGAAGAGAUGGAUUUGAGAAACUUGAUCUCAGGAUUCCUGCUGGAUUUCUCGACGGAAUCACAAACAUAGUACCUGCUUUGGGUGGUGUAAACCUCAAAGAACUAUUGGACGAUGCAGCAGAAGAAGUUGGGGGAAAACUGUUGUUAGAUUUUAAUGACAGGAUGGGCGACAGGAUUCAAGUAUUUCUGGAGUGAUUCUACAUUGCUCGAGUUUCUCAAGUUCAACGGACCUGUUCUGGACAACUGUACUUUUCUUUGAAAUAAAAUAAGAAAUUAAGAUAAAGGAAAUAGAGUGGAUUUUCAUGCAA